GCUUCGAUCCAUCAAGUCUUUUAGGUAAUGGUGGUGGUGGUAAUCAAGGUUUUGAUCCCUCAAGUUUAUUAGGUGGUCAGAAUAAACAACCACCAAACAGUAAUGCGUCAAAAAGUCCUUCAGGAAAUGCUGUUCCGGGAAACCCAGUUCCAGGAAACGCGGUUCCAUCAUCAAGUCAAGGCAAGGUUCCUAUUUCUAAUUUUUCACCGGCAGGCAGUGGAAAAGAUGUACCAUCAUUUGGAAGUCCAAAUGCCGCUUCAUCAAAAUCCAAAGCAGCACCGGAUAUUCGCAAAAUACCUUGGCAAGAAAAGGAAAAGGCAUGCUUUUAUAUUCGUGUAGAAACAAUUUCAAAAUCUGGAAUUUUUGGUGCCACACCACCGUUAGGAGGUACAUAUGGUCCAAUUUCUAUAUCUUUGAUAGAGCCUCCACCAGGUUGGAAUGAAACCCGUGUUGAUUCAAUUUCCGGAAGUCAAAAAGUUCAUACAUCAUCUUCAAUUUGUAACAUCAAAUUUUGUAAUUGGUUGGGAUGGGCUAUUUUAAUUUUUGGAAUUAUUUUAGAAGCAAUAUAUUUAGAAUUUUAA